AUGAAGCUCAUCAAGUGUCAAAUCAUUGACAACACCACAAGAGAUAUAAGAGGCAUCUUAGGCCUAGAUCUGGAGAAAGCGUUUGACAUUGUCUGCCAUGCGCACAUUCUGAACUCCAUCUCAGAGCUCAAUUUGGGAGAAGCCUUCCACAGAUACAUAAGCUCAUUUCUCAGGGAUCGCAAGGCCACGCUCAAAAUUGGUGACCUCCAGUCUGACAAUUUCAGUUUGGGGCCCAGAGGCACACCACAAGAAGCGGUAGUCUCACCACUACUUUUUAACAUUGCCAUGAAGAAACUAUCGGAAAGGCUCUCCAACAUAGACGGGAUCAAUCACACGCUCUACGCCGAUGACAUAACAAUCUGGUGCACCUGA